AGAGAUAUCUCGAUGCUCUCGCUCGUAGCAUAGCACUACAGAUCAAGGCUAGCAAAUUGGCAACGUAUUCCACAUCAUUACCAUCAUUUGCUGUGUGGUGUCCGUGCCAAAAUUCCGGAGACAAUUGAUUAAAACUCAUAUUCCGUGUGGCACAGUAAUAACUUAUGAAGCAAGAUGUUUAAAAUAGUACAGAAGCAGACGUAUACAUUCCUUUCUCAUCGCUACGGCGUUCUCCUCAUCUUUAGCGGUAUAGUCCUUGUUAUUGUCUCGGCAUUUCAAUUUGGAGAGGUGGCAAUUGAAUGGAGUCAGGAUAGAUACUCAAGGCUAUUCAAUAUUUACCAUGACAACAUUGCAAACACAGCAUUUGAAAAUAGGAUGUGUCUUCCGAUACCAAUUGAUGCAGUGUAUACGUGGGUGAAUGGCUCGGAUCCGAAGCUUUUAAAAGACCUGGAGCUACUAAAGAAAGAAAUUGAAUCGAGUACUGCCCCAACCCCUGAAGAAAUAAAAAAUAGCACAAGUUCUUUCCAGUGCAGGUUAAAAGACUGUAUAGCCAGUUCAGCCAUAAUGACAAGCCCAUUUUUGGAUAAGUCACUUACAUUAAGUCAACUAAGUUCUAUAGAACAGUCAUUACGUAAGGUCAACAAGAUUUCAAAUAUCACAAAAGAAGGCGGAAAAACAAAUACAAUGCUUCAGUUUUCAAAACGAGAAGAAGUGGAAGUAGUGAUGAAAGCAAUACAAUCUAUUACACUGAAUAACAAGAACUACACAUUAUCAAAAGGAUACAUUACUUCCGAUUGGACAGUUUCCGGAAGUGUUGCCCUGAAAGACAGGGUACUUGUUACUGGUGUGGAGAAAGAUACAACAGAAGAACAAGUAAAAAAUAGGAUAGCCCAGACCUACCAGGAGAAAAUUGGAGGGGUUCUGGUUGAGAAUGUAGCUGGUCUUGCCAUCGUCUUUAUUACUGACCCUGAUGUUAUAAAUGACCUCAUAUCAGACGCAGAAAAGACAAAUACAAGCAGUAGUCUGAAAGUCAACAAGGCCUAUCUUGCCUGGAAUAUGGAGCAUGAGGAGUCCAAACCUGGUGAUGAUUUUGCACCAAAUAGAUUUGAAGAUAAUGAGGAAUUGCGAUACUCGCUCCGUUCGUUGGAGAAACACGCCCCCUGGAUACGCCGUGUGUAUGUUGUCACUAACGGACAGAUACCGUCAUGGUUGAACCUGGACAAUCCGAGAUUGAUUAUUGUUUCUCAUGAUGAGAUAUUCGUAAACAAGUCCCACCUACCAACCUUCAGCUCUCCCGCAAUUGAAUCCCAUCUGCAUCGAAUACCAGGACUCUCCAAGAAAUUCAUUUACCUCAAUGACGACACGAUGUUUGGAAAGGAUAUCUGGCCGGAUGAUUUCUAUACACAUGCUUCGGGGCAGAAGGUGUAUUUGACUUGGCCUGUUCCAAAUUGUGCUGAGGGGUGUCCAUCAUCAUGGAUCAAGGAUAAUUAUUGUGACAAAGCUUGCAAUAAUUCAGAAUGUGAAUGGGAUGGAGGCGACUGCAAAGGUGUAUCGGCCCAGGGACCUGCUAUCGGAGGUGGCAUGGGAGGCGGUACCAAUAUGGAACAAAUGUACUGUAAUACUGGUUGUGCAAAUGGAUGGAUAGCUGACAAAUACUGUGAUCAGGCGUGUAAUGUACCCCAAUGUGGUUUUGAUGCCGGUGAUUGUGGGAAGACCAACCUUCAUUCCAUCUACUCCGUACUCAUCACAGGAUCUGGAAUGCAAAUCACUCUCCCAAGAGGCCUAUUGGUGGUGUACUUCAACGCGACCCCAAUAUUUGGUGAGGGAUCAACGAUCACUGAGGGGAAAUACGACAAUCGUGAUAUCGUCCGUACUGCUACCAUCGCACAGAAGUUCAAAACAAUUCACCUUCUUCUUUACAAGAACAUGUCAGAAAGUGUAUUGACCUUUCACCUUUCCGGCAAGACUAAAGAUGACAGCCCACUCAAUGUAACAUUCAAUGUGACGGUGAACACCAAAGAGAAUGAGAACCUGGAUCAAGAGCUGCUUGCGUUGAAGCAACCGGAGGGAGCAAAAGAAGACGGCAAGACCGAUGAGGAGGAGAAGAGGAAGGAGGAGGAAGAACCGGUCUUUGAGUUUGAGGACAUUUCUGAAGGAAGGAGAGGCCCAAAGUUACCUUUAGCCAGAGAGAAAGACAUCUCUAUAUCUUUUGAGCCAAAGGAAGAAGAACUCACUGAUGAUAUCGCAAGUCAGCUGAAAGAAUUAUCCAAGCAGCUGGAGGAUGGUGAUAUUACCAAGAGGGGGCAUGACCGCAUCAGAUCCCAGAUACUUGCCCAGUACUUGCUUUCACAGGAGUACACCAAGCGCAGGAGAGAAGUGGCCCAAGGCCUUCACAAAGCAGGUGGCAAACAACCCAUCAUUGAUACCGAUGCCGGACUGGGAAGGGUCCCUGACAUUGUUCAACGACCUGGACAAGGUCAAGGAUUAGGUCUAGGUGGAGGUCAAGGACAAGGGCAGGUACAGGUGCAGGGACAAGUUAUUGGGGGAGAACGGGCUCAGGGAGCAUUUGGUGGACAACCUGGACAGCAUGGUCAAGGAGUGUUCAAUCAGCAGGUUAUUCCACAGUUUGGACAGGGUGGGCAAGGUUUCAGGGAUCAGGUGGGGAAUGGACUUGCAGGAAAGCAGUUGGGACAAGGUCAAGUCUUCAAAGACACAGAUGUUGGCCAAAUACCAAGGCAACAAGACCUUGGACAGGGUCAACAUAUUCAACAACAAGGAGCUGUAGGACAAGGCUUUGGACAAGUACAAGGACAAUUUAUCGAUCAGCAGAUGGGUCAGGGAUUGCAAGCAGGAAAUGGCCCGGUACCAGUUGGACAGCUAGGAGAAGCACAAAAUGGAGGGUUGGGAUUGGGGCAGCUGCCUCUUGGACAAGCUCCAGUGCAGCAAAAUGAUGGAGUCCUCAGACAGCUGCCAGGACAAAUGCCAGGACAGCCACAAGACAAUCAGGUUUUUAGGAACCAACCUCAACAAGGAAUAUUUCAAGAUAGAUUUCCCAGAGGACAGAACCCGGUUCUUAAUAAUGCUCAGCAGCAGAUACUGGGAAAAGCUGCUGGACAAGUUCCUCAAGGUAACACCUUUGCAGGGAUUCAACAAGGAUUCAACCCUAAUGGGCAGCCUGGUUUGCAGAAUGUACAUCAUGCGGCAGGUGGUCAGAACUUUGGAGAUAUUGCUAAGGCAGUUGGUGAUGAUGGAGCCUUGAGAAAGGAAGCUGAUGCUUUUGAUAAUGAUUUAUUUGGAGCCAACAUAUAUAAAUCAGGGAAAACUGUAAAUCAGGGACAGGUUGCUCAACCUGGAUACAAAGCUCAUGGGGGUUUUGGACAGGGUAUUCAACCUGGACAACAAAGGCAACAAGAACCCGGCAAUCCUCUGCAAGGACUACAGGCUCCUGUAGCGAAUGGUCUAGGACAGGGUCCAGCUGUUGGAGGUCCAGAUCUUGGUGGCCAAGGGCAUGAACUAAGAGGAGCUGAUGCAAAUACUGGUGAAAAAGUGGGGCAAGGACUUCAUCAAGGUGAAAUGCAUGAUAACCAACUAAGACAGGAUCUUAAUCUGGGGCAACCAGUAGUGCCCUUUGAGCAGAAUCAAGGUGGUCAAGGUCACCAACCUGGAAGGCCACUGGAGGAGCAAGAUGUUGGAAAGGUGGGCGGGAUCAAUGGUGGUCUCAAGAACCUUGGCGAUGAUAAUCCGCUUGGUCUUCAACAUGGUAUUAAUAUUAAAAAGCAAGACCCCAAACUGGAAGAGACAAGAGAAAAGUACAAACAUUUUGCAGACAAGUUUGAGGAACAAAAAGGAAACCAGAUUAACCAGGGAAUACCUGAUGUGAUAGCAGGGCAAGGCCAUCUGAAUCAACCAAUGGGAAAAGAAGAUUAUGCAAAGCAACCAGUUGGAGGGCAGAAACAGAAGGUAGUAUUUGAUGCUAAACCGCUGGCAGGUGUUGGUCAAGAUCUUGAACCGAUGGAUGAUUUAGACAAUCCACUAGGUAAGCCAGCUGACUUGGAUCAACCUGUCAUAGACCAGAAUGACAUGAACAGAGGAUUUAGAAGAGGUAUCGAUCCUAACCAGCAGGUCAGAAAAGUGGACGAUUUGGAACCACCUGUCGACUUGCAUCGUGACAAUGAUGCACAACCGAUAAUCGAAAUCCAGAAUGGCAUCAAUGGGGAGGAAACCAAAGACAGGCAAGUGCAAGAACCAGAUCAGUUGCAGAACAAGGAUGGCCUAGACUUGAAGCCAGGAAAUGAGAAUGACUUCAUGGACAACAACGACAACGUUGGGAAUCUAUUGAAGGAACAGAACAACUUUCCAUUCCAGAUUCCAGAUGCUGCCGAAGUUGACUUUGAGGAUGAUCGGAACCCUCCAGAUGAUGCAGGGGAUGUCAGAAGGAAUGACAGAGGCUUCAGGAAACUUCUAUCUCUCACAGACAAAGAGAAGGUGUCUCUAGACAGUGCUACUGACCCAGGUGUCCUUCACUUUAAAGAUCCUAGGGAUGUUCUCAAGAUCAAAUCUUCCUGGGUCACGAAGGCCAAGCAGGUUGUGAUGAGAAUCACAAGUGGUUUCCUGGAUCAUGAGCUACAGAAGAAAGUAGUCCCUGCAGAUAUCACCAGUAAGCAGGAUGUCACUGCUGAUCAUGAGCUACAGAAAUGGAUUGGCGGUAUGCCAGAACAUCCUGUGUUUCCCCAAGAGGAGAAUGACCUUGCUGAGGAUGCCGCCUUGAGGCAGAAGAAAGAUCAGGAUCGGAAGAGCAGCUUCUUGCCGUGGGAACGGACUGACAGCUUCAAUAAUCUCACCAAGCUUCUUGAGCAGCAGGACAGGAUGGAGCAGUACUCAGCGCAGAGUGGUACCCAACGCCGUCUUCUGGACACCUUUGGGGAUUCUCUAAGGCAUGUCAACAAGCUCUUCAACAAGAAGUUUGGUUACCAGGCCAGGAAGGUGCCCGCCCACAUGCCUCACAUGGUGGAUGUCGGCAUCAUGAACGAUCUACAGGCUGAGUUUGAAGAAGAAUAUGACAUCACAUCUUCCCAUCGUCUGCGUCACUCCCGGGACAUGCAGCAUGCCUUCUCCUACUUCUACUACCUCAUGGGUACGCCCAAGAUCGUCAACGUCACUGAGGUCUUCGAUGAAUUUGAUACGGAUGGAUCAGGUGUACUUUCUGAUCGAGAGCUCCGCACAUUGGCCACACGGCUUUAUGAGCUUCCCCUUGACCUGAAGACAUUGACGUCCCUGGAGGGAAUGAUUAUCCAUUGCGCAGUCAAUGUGUCGACUAAACUCAUCGCACCAGCAGAGGGGGCUAUUGAAAAGUAUUAUGAAGAAAAAAUGCCUCAGGUAACCAAGGAUUUAUUGAUGCACUGCCCUCCUCUGAUAGAAAAGAUGCAAGGAAGUGUCAAAGGUCAAACUAUGUACAAGUACGAGAUCAUGGGAGAGGAGGAGAUAGCCUUCAAGAUGAUCCAAACAAACGUCUCGCAGGUCAUAGGUCAACUAGAUGAUAUUCGCAAACAUCCCAAGAAAUUUGUCUGUCUUAACGACAACAUCGACCACAAGAGUUCCGAUGCGUAUAUGGUGAAAGCAGUACUCCAGGAUUUCUACGAGUCUUUGUUCCCAGUCGUGUCUCAGUUUGAACUACCACGUGAUUAUAGGAAUAGGUUUCUUCAUAUAGACGAGCUCAGAGAUUGGAGGAGAUAUCGAGACUGGUUACGAUUCUGGACUCAUCUAUCCUUGGCAGCUCUUAUCACAUUUAGUGUUGUGUCUUUUUGUUCAAGUCAUCUUUUAGCGCUGAAGAGGCGAUGUUUCGGAAGGCGUCGUUGGCGAGGGAGCGGUGUCGCUGAAACGGUACAGCAUGUCUAAGAACAUUCCAUCUGUAGUCCCUCCUCCCACCUAACACCAUUUUGUGCUUGUGGCUAAUUACUCAUCACCCUCGGGAGCAGCACCCUUCUUUGUCAAUGUUUUAAAGUGUAGUCCCAUGUGUACGUAUUCAUGUCAUAUGUUGUCAUCAAUCGGGUAGAUGGUUAAUGUUGCCAGCUAAUCGUUCUCACAUCUGAUAUUGCAUACUCAAAUAUGUUGUGAUAAUAAAUGAAAAGUAAAGAAUUGAACUCCAAACUUACUAAAAUGAAAUUCUCUGAUUUUUGUUUUUAGUUUAGUUUACAGAAACCAUUCAUCUACAGAUGGAAAAGUGUGUCCUUUUUAUAGAGACACCGUUCCAAUAUUGGUUAUGUGUAUCGGAAUAGGGAACAUAUUUCCUGCUUUAUUUAUGUACAUGUACUUUUGAAGUGACAUACACAUGCAUGUACUAUUUACCACUUGUGCAUAUCCACGCACUGGAAAGCAUGAUAUAUUCUUUUUUAAUUACACAAUUUCCUUUUCGUUCAAUGCACAAAUGGCAUACUAUUUUCAGUUGGCAAGACAUCAUUUAUAGUUAUACAAAUGCAUGUAAUAGUCUUUAUUUAUUUUAUGUACAGUCUUUGGGCAAAACAUAUCAUUGUAUUCUGUGUACAUGUACGCUCAACAUUUACUAUGGCCGGUAGUAUGUACAUGUAAGAUUAUUACAAAUUUUGAGCGGUGUAUUCUAACUUACAUAUAUCAUGCAGUGCCUAGGAAAAAAAGCAUUGAAAUAUAGAAAUCUAAUUUUUAAAAAUUAUUGUUCAGAUGCUAUUUGUGGCAUCUACCUGUCAUUACCGUUAUUAAGCCAGAGAUUCAAAUGUACUAGUGGAUAUUAGGUGUUGGUUAUUUUUGGCUGUACAUUGCUUUGAUGAUUCUGUUGCAGAAUGUGUUGAUAUUAUGUAUUUUUUAUAUAUUUUUAUACAGUGAACUUGCACAUCUAAAACGAAAUGUAGGGUCCCCACAAAUGAAGUAUCUGAGAUAAGUUUACAUAUAAAAAUAAGCAGCAUACAUGUACAUGUAUGCUGCUUAUUUUUCUAAUUAGCUAAAAUUAAAAUUAUUUGAACUACGUUAUGUGGGAGUGUCGCGGUUUACUCACGGCUUUUACACAGUGGGUCAUGGGUUCAAAUACCCGACUAAGGGUUAUUUCCUUCAACAAGAAAUCUACCCAUGCUUUGCUGCACUGAACCCAUGAAUUGUAAAUGGGUACCUGGCAUGAAGAUUCAUGCCUUGGAAAAGCUUGAUGGGUUAUGAUACUUGCUGUGCUGCAGCUAGGGUAAUAAUUACAAUUUGUACCUUGAGCACUUGGCAUAGUGGAUAAAAGCACUUCAUAAGUUGCGUUAUCGCCCAUCAUCAUUGUCGUAUCUAUUAUUAACAACAGAUAUCGUAGAUAUUUCAAAAUUAGAUUAGAUAAAGAGCUAUAUUUAUUCUGAAGGCAUAGCAAUAAAAAAAAAAAUUAUGGUUUCAAUGCAUGCUCACUUACAUUAUUAUGACUGAGGUUGCUUUAUUGAUGGUAGGUUAAAGAUGGAUUUUGCAGUUUAAUCUUUUGUUCAGCAAAAUGCAGCUUAAAUAUUAGGACCCAAUGUAUUCUUUGGCACUAUGUUGUAUUCUGUUCUAUGUUUCUGUAGUGACAUCAUCAUUAACUAUUAGUAGGCCAACAUCCCAACCAUUCUUAAUUUAGAUAAAUUUUUAUCCAUUCCAAUCUAAUCUUGAUAUGAUUUUGAUAUUUCUUUUAUUCACUCCUAUUGGAAAUGCAUUUCCUUUCCUUGAAAAGGUUAGGUUCUGUAUAGAUUUAGCAAGGCUAGAAUACACUGUUAAAUUCCAAUUUUUUUUCUCACUCAAAAAAUGUGAAUGAGCUGCAGUAUCGGCGAUACACUAGGAGAUGCAUAAUUAACACAAGAUACUGUCAUGCACAUAACUAUUCCAUUAGUUAGUAUUUCUAUAAUUAAAAAGGUAUAUAAUGGAUAUCUGUAGUGUUGAAGCUAAAUGAUUUGCUCCUUUUGGGC